AAGCCACUGUUGACACUGCGUUGGAGCCCCGAUGGCAACAGCUUCCCAACAUCUGCUGUACAGCUGAGCCCUGCUUGUGAUUGUCAGCUGAUGUAUCCACUCACCGAUCACCGGAGGGCCUUGCUUUAGAUGAGCCGCUGUUUCGGCAAAUGCAAGAGAAGGUUGAAGUGGUGAAAUGUUUACCUCAUGGCUGGGUGUCAGCACAGUUCUGCUGCGCUAAUGGCUGAUUUAUGGAGUGGAUGACGGAACGGAAGGGCGUACAGUAGCACUAGGACCGCACAACCAGUAUCAUCCGCACGAAAGAACAUGGGUGGGAAAGCCUAGAGGGUGACUCAUUAAAAAAAAAGAACAUCGGCAUUUUUUAUUGUAUUCAUUUAAAAUUACACAUUAAUAAUAAAAAUGGCGUUGAUGCUGUUUACAAGAUCGAGGACACCGGCUGUAUUCCAAGUCUCCAGAUCGCUGUGCAAAGAAAUUAAGCGAGGCGGAUUGCAGGAAAUAUCAUGUUUCAACUGCACAGCCCUCAGGCUUACGAGGAAUGUAAGCAUCCGAAGCUGCAGCACUCCUUUGUCAUUCAGCUCAUCGCCCUUGUGUGCGGGAGAGAAGUGUAAUUGUCACAGCUGUCUGCGUGGCUCCCAGAGACAGUACUGUGGGGUGGUGAGCGGCUCUCAGCCAUGGACUCCUGUCGCCAGUUUGGGACCCUGGCACGUUCCAGUCAGGUGGUGGCAUUCCAGCAGCCGUCUCUGCGAUGACUCCAAGGUGGAGAAGUCUCUCAAAUCUUUAAAGGACAAAAACAAGAAGCUGGAGGAGGGAGGCCCAGUCUACAGCCCCACGGUGGAGAUGGAGCCUGUCAGGAAGUCCCUGGGACAGAAGGUAGUGGACGAGGUGAAGCACUACUACCAUGGCUUCCGCUUGCUAUGGAUCGAUACCACAAUUGCCGGCAGAAUGCUGUGGAGGAUUCUCAAUGGGAACAUUUUGUCUCGGAGAGAGAGGAGACAGUUCCUGAGAACGUGUGCGGAUGUCUUUCGGCUGGUCCCUUUCCUGGUCUUCAUCAUUGUCCCCUUCAUGGAGUUUCUGCUUCCACUGGCUGUUAAACUCUUCCCCAACAUGCUUCCUUCAACCUUUGAGACACAGUCCAAGAAGGAGGAGAGGCUGAAGAAGGAACUGAGGGUGAAGCUUGAGAUGGCGAAAUUUCUUCAGGACACUAUUGAGGAGAUCGCACUUCGCAACAAGGCAGCCAAAGGGGAUGUGACAGAGGAGUUCUCCACAUUCUUUCAGAAGAUCAGGAAUUCUGGAGAAAGGCCCAGCAACGAGGAGAUCAUGCGCUUCUCCAAGCUGUUUGAGGAUGAGCUGACACUGGACAACCUGACCCGGCCACAACUGGUCGCCCUGUGCAAGCUGCUGGAGCUGCAGUCCAUCGGGACCAACAACUUCCUGCGCUUCCAGAUCAUCAUGAAGCUCCGUGCCAUCCGGGCCGAUGACAAGCUGAUUGCCGAGGAGGGGGUAGACAGCCUGAAUGUGAACGAGGUGCAGUCGGCAUGUCGGGUGCGAGGGAUGAGGGCACUGGGCGUGACGGAGGAGCGUCUCCGGGAGCAGCUCAAGCAGUGGCUGGAGUUGCACCUGAACCAGCAGAUCCCCACCUCUCUGCUGCUGUUGUCCAGGGCCAUGUACCUGCCGGACACUCUGUCCCCAGCUGACCAGCUCAAGACCACCUUGCAGACCCUCCCCGAGAUUGUGGCGAAGGAAGCCCAGGUGAAGGUGGCGGAGGUGGAGUGCUACAAGGUGGACAACAAGACCAAGCUGGAGGCCACGCUGCAGGAGGAGGAAGCUAUCAGGAAGGAGAACAAGGAGCGCGAGAUGGAGAGGCUGACUGAUGCUGCUGAGAAGGCGAAGGAGGUCCUGCAGGUGGCAGCCAGGAAAGAAGUAGAGACUGCGGUGAACAUGGAGGCAGCAGCUGUCAAUGUUAAGAAAAGCCAGAUCGCCAUGGAUACGGAGCAGGAGCUUGCCACCGUCAACCUGGAGAGCCAUUCGGAGACCUUGAAGGACACGGCUCCAGUCUUGGAAGGGAUUAAGGGAGAGGAGAUAACCAAAGAGGAGAUUGACAUGCUGAGUGAUGCCUGCACUAAACUGAAGGAGCAGAAGAAGCUGCUGACCAAAGAGAAGGAGGAGCUGGAGGAGCUGAAGGAUGACGUCCAGGAGUACAAUGAGGAUUUGGAGGAGAUCAAGAAGGAGCUGUCGAAGACUGGGCAGGAAGAAACCGUGCAGGAGUCCAAAGCCAGCAAGAGGCUGACGAAGAGGGUGAACCGCAUGAUCGGCCGGAUCGGCAAGAUCAUCUCCGAGCUGGAGACGGACACAAAGUUGCUGGACGGACAGCUGGACAGCAAGACCACGCCGUCCACUGGCUUGUACUUCUCCUUUAGUGAGAACCUCAUCAGUAUCAACGAGCUGAUUGAUGUGAUGAGACAGAUCCAGAACAUCCCGGAACACAAACUGCAAUGCAUCGCAGAGACUCUGGACGAAAACAAGGACGGCAAGAUCGACAUUGAUGACGUCAUCAAGGUGGUGGAGCUCAUAGAUAAGGAGGACAUUGACAUCUCAACGAGCCAGGUGGCUGAGAUCAUGGUGAUGCUGCAGAAGGAGGAGAAGCUGAUGGAGAAGGAGAAAGCCAAGGAGAAGGCAGAGAAGGAGCAGGCUGCUGAAGUGCAGAACUGAGGCCGGCUCAUCGCUUCAUCACCUCCCGCUGCUUCACUCCAUUUGCACCAGGGCAGAGAUGGAAAUGAAUAUGCUAUUAAUAAUAGCAAGAGGUGCCUCAGCUGCAGAUAAGAGUUGGUGCAUGAGGGUUUUAUAAAUAUGGUAGCAAACUUUGCUCUGGUGCAAACCAAAAUAGGACGAUAGCUUUAUCAGUUACACACGCACACACAAAAAUUGAAAAUAUUGUUUUAAGGUGGUACGAUUUGCCCAAUUUUUUUUGUUUGUUUUUAUAAAAAUGAAAAAGAAAAAACACAAAAUGAAAGACUUUACAUUGUGAAAUUUAAGAACAGAAUUAAAAAACGUGAAUUGCACACUAAAUUAUAUGACGUCAUUCCAGAAGCAUGGAAUCAUGAUUUUAUUUUAUUAUAGAUAUAUUUAAAUGUGGGUCUCUCAUUUAACCAUGUAUUUAAUAAUGAUGAUGAUAAUAAUAAUAUUGAAUGUGGAGAUCUUAAACAUGCUAAUGUUUUAUAUACAAACUGAGAAAUGAGAGACAGGAAAAACGUUAAUGGCAUUAUUAAAUAUACCAAUGUAAGUAAAUAAACUAUAAUGAAACACUUUGAUGAAUGGGAUCAACCAAGAUGACUUGGUGCGUUGUUUUGAAAUGGGGUAUUGCAAGCUGUUGUUGAUAGCCAUAUAUAUAUAUAUAUAUAUAUAUAUAUAUAUAUAUAUAUAUAGUAUUGAUCGCUGAAUAGUUGAUUUUAAAUAGUUGCGUAUUUCAACUCAUUGGAAGCCUGUGUGUUUUUAUUUAAGCUUUUUAUGCAAUGUUGAUAUACAAACUUGAUAUAAAAACUGAAAUGCAACUAUUUAUGGCUUAUGUGAAGCAGGAGAUUCGGUGCAUUGAUUGGUUGUUGCUGCUGUGUAAGCUCUUGGUUUAAAGUUUGUGUUUUUUUUUUUUUUUAACGUUAGGAAGACGGAACAUGCAGAAUCAAUUGCAGUUAAGAUGAAUACAAUCAGAAUGGAUUUGAUAGACUAAAUAUUGCUACUCUUCAUUAAUUAUUUGUACCACCCAAUGUAACGCAUGAGAUUCACUGUUUUAUCAGUUGUUACUCGUAAUAUCAGCUAUAAGGAAGAGAACACAUCUUGAAAGUAGCUGCUUUUUCAUACAGUUUUUUACAGACAUUGGGCUUGGUUUUCACUGAGAGCUAAUCGCCCACUUCAUAUAUUUGCCUUCAGUCAGCCAGCCCACAGUGGAAAUUAAUAUACGUACAUAAUCUACAGAUAUGGAAAUUCAAGACAUUUUGAAAUGAUUAUUUUUUAUUAGGAGUAAAUACUUUCAUUUUAAUUUCCGCCACAGAUAAUAGUGAAUAAAAUAUCAGACUAAACUAAUGUAAUGCAGUGUAUUUAAAACGGCCCAGAUCCAUUCUUUUGGUUUCCCAAACUAAAGAUAAAUAGCUUGAACUGAUAAAGUAACAUAUCUUUCCAUUUCGGACCUGAAUCUGCUUAUACUAUAAUUUUAUAUUCACAAAUUUUAGUUGGUAUAUAUUCCUCAUCAGACCUGCAGUUGUAAAUUGUGUUAAUCAUUGGUGUACUACUUCAUAAAUGUAUGUAGAUGUAAAACAUCAACUGUAAAUGCCUAUGUUUAAUUGCACUAUAAAAAUAUGUUUAGCUUAUAUGCAUUUUAUUUUGACUCGGUGUGAGUGUUGUGUCACAACUGCUUUGUCUUCUCCUGGGUUUUUGGUUUCUGAUGGUUUCUCUUUUUACAUGCAUCUAUCCAAGUUGUAUAUUAGUGUUUAUGGACAUUUUACUCCUUUAACAGAAGUCUGUUCCUCAGAUUCCUGGUCUGCCAUUACUUUGUUUUGCUUGGUUUUUAGUGCCCAUAACUUGUGGCCCAGUACAAUAGUGCCCCAGGCUGUCUCCUCUGAGCCCUGGUUCAAAUGGAACUGGUCACAAAUGAUAUAAGGUGGGCGUUACCAGUUUAGUUAACCAUGCAUAGUAGUCCACGUCACAAAAGCACCACAUAACACACUUCCACUUAGUAGAGGCCAAGGACUGUAAAGCAGUGACUGCAUUCAUCUGUAUUGAGGCAGUGGUGGAACGUUAUGGGAAAGUUUGUGUAGCACAUGUUAGUGGUGCGCCAGUGGUACCAUCACCUACAACUGGUGUUGUUUUUACAAAGGUGUACUUUUACAAAGGUGUAAUUUUAAAAAGUCUCUUUACCUCUCAUAACUUAACAUUAUCACAAGUCCAUUAUUUUGAAUGUAGUCCUAAUUCUUGUAAUACAGGACCUGCGUUUUAUAGUAUGGUUUUAUGAUUUCAGAGUUAAUUUCUAUCCGUUUUUGUAUUUUUCUAGAAGCAUUUUUAAUUUUAUUAGCACCAAAAUAGUAAGCGCUUUUGUUUAUUGGCUUAUUUGACAGGACAAGGAAGAGUUUGGUAAACAGUGUUUAUUUUUAUGUUUUUUUUUAUUGAAAUUGUUAUACAAACAAAGAACAAUAUCUGUCACAACAUUCUGCCAUCUAAAAUGUAAUAAAUCCACAGUGCACAGCAAACUGCCUGGGAGCUCUCAAAUACGGCAUAGGCAUAUGCGCCAAGCAGUAACUGCAUUUUAGAUGAGACUUAACAUGUCACAGAUAUUGUACUGAUUGCGUGAAACAGUGUGGAAAUGUUGAACUGGUAGAAAACAGUGUUAUUUGUUGCAUAUCUUGCCCAAGUUGAAACUCUUGGAUAUUGUCAAUCUGUUGCAUGUAUCUGUUGCUGUUAUAAUGAAUAGUUUGACAACCUGAAGCUGUCUAAACAUUGAAUUACAUGGACAGGGCAUACAUGCUGUUACAGGGCAUACAUGCUGUUAGAGCUUUGAGAAACUGCUCUGGUCCUCUUUGUGUUGAAUUCUAUACACACCACAGUCAACGGUACAGAUCAGAUAAUAAGGGAGCAGGAGGAGGAGGAAGGGAUUGCCGAAACGUUUUAAUGUUUCCUAUUCUCUUGCUCAGAUGUUUACUCACCAAGUCUGAAGACCUCCAGUUUGAGGAAACUAAAUGGCAAUGCAACUGUACUGUAAAUUCUAUCUAUUCAGGUUGAUUCAUAUACAAUGCACCAUAUGAAAAAAAAAACAUUGUUACAUAACAUGUUUUAAUUGAGCUUUACCAUUGACCUGACACAUGGUAAUUUGCACGCAACUUUGUAACCACACUACUGUGGACUCUUUUGUGUGCCUUGGAGUUGGCCUGGCUAGAUACUUCUCAUGGAAGGCCUAUGCUGCACUGUGAGCACUUUGCCCAUGGUUUGCAUUCUGUAGAUGGAGUCUUCACAUCAGCGCUCUGCUGUAUGUGUUCCUGCCGUCGUGACUGCUUGUUAACAGGAAAGUCAAGAAAAAGAGAAAUGGCCUGCAAUGUUUUCUUUUUCUUCUGGUGCUUUGUUAAUAAUGUCAUGAACCGGAUAUGUUACAAGCCAUUCUAAUUUCUCAGGAUUUCUUUUCUUUGCUGUGUUGCACAUUUAUUUAGUUUUUAAUGACUGAUUUUGAAAUUCACUCGGUAGCAGUCACUCCUGUCAGUACUGAAUCCUCCUUGGUAUACAAGAAGGAUAAGAAAUAUUUUGCUAGACGUUUAUUACAGAUACCUCUACAAUACAUACAAUUUUUUGUAAGCAGCUCUGUCAUGGGAGUUGCCAUGACCACAAAGCACACAAGAAAAGUAAGCCCCCCCCCCCCCCCCCCACCAAUCUAAUAACUCCUUAAAAUGUAAUAAUGCAAUUAGAUGGACUACACAAAUGUAUAUAUGACAGUGUGAGGUGGAUAUACAUUCGCAUGGCCAAGAGAAUAACUACCUUUGUUUAACCUUGUGAGGAAUAUGGUACAGCCUGGAUGUGACUGGUAUUGAGUGGUAUUUCUGUCAGACUUGCAGUGUUCUGGCAAGGAAGGCAAAAAUAAAUUGUAGAAAAAAGACUUAAAGAACAAAAGCAAUUAGGAAAAUGUUAUGCAAUGAGGGAAGAGAAUGUUUUGGUUAAAAUAACGUUUAAAGUCAAUGCAAGUCAUAGAGUUUAAAAAUGAAUUAAUAUAGAAGGAAAAAUCUUGCACAUAACUAAAACAUAUAGAUAGAGGUAUAUGUUUUUUAUUUUGGGUUUGUUAAACAUGAUAAUUUAAAUGAUUGUUUGUUUUAUCCCCUGUACCUGGAUUUUAAAGAUGUUUGAAUGCCUUCUAGUGAGGUCUCAAGGGUUAAGGGUUGGUCAGCCCUUGAUAGUCAUCUUGGAAAAGAUGACUAUCUCUUCUAAAAUCCAUGGGUUAAAGUGUGUAAUAGCUGGAACCAAAGCUGUUAAUUGAUUUUCAGAUGUUUAAUAAUUCAAUAAAAGAAUAUAAAAAUGUA